CGGUUGUAUGCAUUGUUUUAUUGUUAUCCUACUCUAACGCACAUUCAAUUGUAAGUGCACAGGUGCUGGUAUCUCCGUCUCGCUCGCACGCAUAACCGCGUCGGGUCAGUCUCCGGUCUCCUCUCGCGGACGCACGACGCGUUCGAAAUUCAAAAUUUCAAACAUUAGAAAGUGAAGUGUCGAGUGAUUUUUUAAUGACCAAGACCCCUAGUGUUGUGCCGUGUUUCUAGUGAUGCUCCUGGCUUUGUUUUUUGGAUUUGUCGGAUUGGAUUGUUCUUCCAACUAAGUGAAUUUGGUAACACAAAUGUAAUCAAAAGUGUCUAAGCAGAUGAUGAUUAUGUAACUAAACUAACUAAAGUGGCCAGUGAAAUUCUAACUGAAGUGAAAAGUGAAACAGAUGUGAGUGACUUAAAAAAUAUCACCUAUGGUCGGAACCAUGAUGUGGUUCAAACGGGAGCCGAAGGUUGUGGACAAACCUUCAGAGAAUGGGACGGUUAAGGGAGAGAACGGGAUGGUGAAUAGACUGAGGAGGAAGAAGGCGAUAACCCUCAAGCCGACAAGGGAGUCGAGCGAGAGGGAAACCUCGACGGAGAGCGAAAAGGAGAAACGACGACAUUCUGACAUUUUGGACAUGAAAGUGUCGCUAGAACGGAGAGAUGAGAGCGACGAAUCGUUGUACGAAUCAGCUGAUUGCCACAGCGACGCCAUAUCGGCCAGCGAUGAUGCGAUCCCAAGACUUAGUAAAAGCCCCACCAUGAGCAAGGAAUCACUUAAACUGGCCGUGACUGACGAGGAGGUCGAUUUAGCGAAAAAUAAGAAAACACAUCGAAAAACCAUGUCAUUAUCGAACCCUCUGGAAAUAGUCAAGAACCUUGGCGAUGAUUGGUUCGAUCACAAAAGAGAUCUCGACAAACAUUCUGACAAAAAGAAAUCCAGAGAAAGCCUUUGGAGUGAAGAGGAAAAAGACUCGGUUCAUGGAUCCACCACGAAACUAGAACAGAUGAGGAAGAACAGCAAGAAAGAGGAUAAGAGUAACUCUAGCAGUAGAAAAAGCAGUACCGCUGAUGCUCCUAAAUCAAGAAAGAGUAGUAAAGGUUCCUCUGUUGGCUCUUUCUUUCUCAGAAGGAAAAAGACUCCGACGACUGUUAAGCCAGUUGAAGCUGUGGCUGAAGCUAUUGACAAGAUCGUCAGUACGACUGAAAUUCUAAAUUAUACUAGAUCCUUUCUGGAAGAGGAAAAGCGACAUGCGUCUAUAACCACACAGGAUGGCAAACCUUCUGAAGACACCGAUACUGACGAAGAACUACCAACACCUAAAGUAAUCGGAGAACAUAGGCGGAGGUUAAGCCGACAGACUUCUAGAAGCAAAAGCAAGGUCAGAGGGAAAAGUCAGACCGUGAAAGUGAACACAUUAAGAAAAUCACAUAGUGGGACUUUGAAGAAGUCAAAGAAGAAGAUUAAGACUCCUCAAGCUGUAAGAAGUAGGCAAGCAAGCGUCGUAGAGUCAACGCCUAUUGUGAAAAAGAAAUUUGAUGCUAGCAACACCAACAAGCAUCAUAACUCCUGGCUGUUCAGCGGAAAUAGAGGAGAAUCGAAACGAGAGGGUUCCUCGGAAGAGCCGACAGCGCCCGAGCCGGAGACGGAAGCCACUGAUGCCAGCAAGGACCCGCCUAAGGACACCAAUUGGCGUGCAGCGUCAUCUGGCGGCCGCGGCGUGAACCGCGCAGAGAGCUGUCGCGAGCGCGACCCGCCCCGCCGCGGCAAACAUCGGAACGCGAGCGACCCCAACCGUCUCACCGCGCACAACAACCAUGACUUGGAAGGUGGCGCAGCGACAGCCCCAUCAGGCAGUUCCAGCAGCUCCAGCUUGUCUUCCAGAAGUAACGAGAGCACCACGGUGCCCGCUGAUCCGCAAGCUUCCCAAUCGGACUGGUCGGAGGAGGAAGACCCGCUAGCCCCGCAGUGGGCGGACAGCCUCCCUCCUCAAAUUCUGGAUUCGCUGCUGCUGGACAAGCGGCACAGGAAACGUCAGGAGGUUAUCCAUGAACUAAUCGUCUCUGAAGGCUCCCACGUCCGUUGGCUCAAAGUCCUCGGCGUCGAUUUCCUUCGACCUCUCGAAAAGCAGCCGUCUCUUUUACCCGCCGAAGAACUGAGGGCACUCUUCCCUAACCUCCCUGGAGUUAGAGAGAGACACAUGAAGUUGUACGCGGAUCUGAGGGCGCUGAGGAAUGAUUCGAGUAACCAUAUUGUGCCGAUUAGGGCGGUUGCUGAUGCCAUGCUUGGAACGUUGGGUGACUCGGGCUACGCGUCCUGCCUGUCCCGGUUCUGCCGCGGGCAACGCCUCGCGCUGGAGACCCUCCGCGAACGUCGCAGGAAGAACAAAGAAUUGCACCAUUUCCUGUCAGCCCGGGAGCAGUUACCCAGAUGUGGGAGAUUGCAACUACGGGAUCUACUCGCCUGUGUUUGGCAGAGAUUGACGAAGUACCAGCUCCUCCUGCAAGGCAUCGUGGACACGGUGUGCGAGUCAGACGCGGACACCGACGAGGACAUCGCCCAACUAAAGAAAGCGCACGACACCGCCAAAGAUGUGCUGCAGAGUGUCGACACUGCUAUCAGGACCGCUGAGAAUGACCACAGGCUUCGAACAAUCCAGAACAAACUGGAAAUCCGCGCGGGCAGUGAAUGGGAAGAAUUGCGAAGACUGGAUUUAACCCAGCGACAACUGCGUAUGGAAGGAGACUUGGCUAUCAGGCAUGAUGGCAACAAGAAGAUCAGCGUGUUGGCUCUGAUGCUGACCGACGUGUUGGUCCUCCUGCAGCGAGAAGGCGACAAGUUCGUUCUCCGGCCCAUUCCUGCUCCCAGCCAGCAGGGGGCGCUUUCGCCUCUCGUCAAAUGGGACAAGGUGUUGUUCCGUCCGAACGCGGCGGCGCGCAACACGUUCUUCCUGAUGAACAUCAACGGCGUGCAGAUGCACGAGCUGUCCGCCAACACGCCCGCAGAAUACUCCACAUGGGUGAAGAACAUCCAAGAAUGUCCUCUGGCCAAACUUGCUGAGCAAAAACCCAGCCUCACACCCCAGCACACGCACUCGGCCUCCACCGCCAGUCGCACCACCGACGACGAAGGUAGCAACGUAUCCCGCAACCCAUCUGAUGCCUCCGAGAAAUCCGCCGCAGCCGAAGAGCGGGACAGAGUUAGCGCCGAGAGGGAGAGGGAACGAGCGGUCAGCGCCGAGAGGGAAAGAGAGAGGGAAGCGGAGAAACAGGAGGAGGAGAAAGAGAAGGAACGCGAGAAGGAUGAAGUUGUCGAUAGGGAGGAUAAGCAUGUAGCACGGCGGCCCACCAUGUCCCGCAUCUCGACGCACGAGGCCCCGCCGCCGCGGGCGCUGGAGCCGCAGGCCGCCGUCACCGUGAGCGCCGCGCAAGCCGAGCAGGCGCACACCGCCGUCAGGGCCUUCACUCCGCAAGGUACGCUUACAAACCGUCCUCCAGAGCACGGCGGCCCACCAUGUCCCGCAUCUCGACGCACGAGGCCCCGCCGCCGCGGGCGCUGGAGCCGCAGGCCGCCGUCACCAGCACGGCGGCCCACCAUGUCCCGCAUCUCGACGCACGAGGCCCCGCCGCCGCGGGCGCUGGAGCCGCAGGCCGCCGUCACCGUGAGCGCCGCGCAAGCCGAGCAGGCAGCACGGCGGCCCACCAUGUCCCGCAUCUCGACGCACGAGGCCCCGCCGCCGCGGGCGCUGGAGCCGCAGGCCGCCGUCACCGUGAGCGCCGCGCAAGCCGAGCAGGCGCACACCGCCGUCAGGGCCUUCACUCCGCAAGCACGGCGGCCCACCAUGUCCCGCAUCUCGACGCACGAGGCCCCGCCGCCGCGGGCGCUGGAGCCGCAGGCCGCCGUCACCGUGAGCGCCGCGCAAGCCGAGCAGGCGCACACCGCCGUCAGGGCCUUCACUCCGCAAGCGCCGCGCAAGCCGAGCAGGCGCACACCGCCGUCAGGGCCUUCACUCCGCAAGGUACGCUUACAAACCGUCCUCCAGAGCACGGCGGCCCACCAUGUCCCGCAUCUCGACGCACGAGGCCCCGCCGCCGCGGGCGCUGGAGCCGCAGGCCGCCGUCACCGUGAGCGCCGCGCAAGCCGAGCAGGCGCACACCGCCGUCAGGGCCUUCACUCCGCAAGGUACGCUUACAAACCGUCCUCCAGAGCACGGCGGCCCACCAUGUCCCGCAUCUCGACGCACGAGGCCCCGCCGCCGCGGGCGCUGGAGCCGCAGGCCGCCGUCACCGUGAGCGCCGCGCAAGCCGAGCAGGCGCACACCGCCGUCAGGGCCUUCACUCCGCAAGAACAACUGCGCCGCCUAGACGAAGUGAUCACCCGAUCCCUGCGGGCCAAGAGCGCAGUCGUGGCGGAACUAUUGGGCGUGCCGGCCGACAGCUACGCGCAGGUGGCCGACCUGGCCGUGACCGAAGCUUUAGGACAAUGUGAUACAUCAGGCGAAUUACGACUUCAACGCAGCGUGAGUAACGAGGAACCUUCGGAAAUUCACACGCUGCUGCUCGCCGCUCUCACGCAAGCAAACCAACUAACAGAGUCCCUCACGCGGGCGCUGAACGUGAACGAGGCGGCGGCCGUGGCGGCGCGCGCUCGCGGCCGCUGCGACCGCUGCAGCCGCCACCCGCUGCAGCGCAGCUCCACGCUGCGGGCUGACAGCAGAGACGCUGGCGGUGAGACUACGACACUAAUACUAACAGAGUCCCUCACGCGGGCGCUGAACGUGAACGAGGCGGCGGCCGUGGCGGCGCGCGCUCGCGGCCGCUGCGACCGCUGCAGCCGCCACCCGCUGCAGCGCAGCUCCACGCUGCGGGCUGACAGCAGAGACGCUGGCGGUGAGACUACGACACUAAUACUAACAGAGUCCCUCACGCGGGCGCUGAACGUGAACGAGGCGGCGGCCGUGGCGGCGCGCGCUCGCGGCCGCUGCGACCGCUGCAGCCGCCACCCGCUGCAGCGCAGCUCCACGCUGCGGGCUGACAGCAGAGACGCUGGCGGUGAGACUACGACACUAAUACUAACAGAGUCCCUCACGCGGGCGCUGAACGUGAACGAGGCGGCGGCCGUGGCGGCGCGCGCUCGCGGCCGCUGCGACCGCUGCAGCCGCCACCCGCUGCAGCGCAGCUCCACGCUGCGGGCUGACAGCAGAGACGCUGGCGGUGAGACUACGACACUAAUACUAACAGAGUCCCUCACGCGGGCGCUGAACGUGAACGAGGCGGCGGCCGUGGCGGCGCGCGCUCGCGGCCGCUGCGACCGCUGCAGCCGCCACCCGCUGCAGCGCAGCUCCACGCUGCGGGCUGACAGCAGAGACGCUGGCGGUGAGACUACGACACUAAUACUAACAGAGUCCCUCACGCGGGCGCUGAACGUGAACGAGGCGGCGGCCGUGGCGGCGCGCGCUCGCGGCCGCUGCGACCGCUGCAGCCGCCACCCGCUGCAGCGCAGCUCCACGCUGCGGGCUGACAGCAGAGACGCUGGCGGUGAGACUACGACACUAAUACUAACAGAGUCCCUCACGCGGGCGCUGAACGUGAACGAGGCGGCGGCCGUGGCGGCGCGCGCUCGCGGCCGCUGCGACCGCUGCAGCCGCCACCCGCUGCAGCGCAGCUCCACGCUGCGGGCUGACAGCAGAGACGCUGGCGGUGAGACUACGACACUAAUACUAACAGAGUCCCUCACGCGGGCGCUGAACGUGAACGAGGCGGCGGCCGUGGCGGCGCGCGCUCGCGGCCGCUGCGACCGCUGCAGCCGCCACCCGCUGCAGCGCAGCUCCACGCUGCGGGCUGACAGCAGAGACGCUGGCGGUGAGACUACGACACUAAUACUAACAGAGUCCCUCACGCGGGCGCUGAACGUGAACGAGGCGGCGGCCGUGGCGGCGCGCGCUCGCGGCCGCUGCGACCGCUGCAGCCGCCACCCGCUGCAGCGCAGCUCCACGCUGCGGGCUGACAGCAGAGACGCUGGCGGUGAGACUACGACACUAAUACUAACAGAGUCCCUCACGCGGGCGCUGAACGUGAACGAGGCGGCGGCCGUGGCGGCGCGCGCUCGCGGCCGCUGCGACCGCUGCAGCCGCCACCCGCUGCAGCGCAGCUCCACGCUGCGGGCUGACAGCAGAGACGCUGGCGGUGAGACUACGACACUAAUACUAACAGAGUCCCUCACGCGGGCGCUGAACGUGAACGAGGCGGCGGCCGUGGCGGCGCGCGCUCGCGGCCGCUGCGACCGCUGCAGCCGCCACCCGCUGCAGCGCAGCUCCACGCUGCGGGCUGACAGCAGAGACGCUGGCGGUGAGACUACGACACUAAUACUAACAGAGUCCCUCACGCGGGCGCUGAACGUGAACGAGGCGGCGGCCGUGGCGGCGCGCGCUCGCGGCCGCUGCGACCGCUGCAGCCGCCACCCGCUGCAGCGCAGCUCCACGCUGCGGGCUGACAGCAGAGACGCUGGCGGUGAGACUACGACACUAAUACUAACAGAGUCCCUCACGCGGGCGCUGAACGUGAACGAGGCGGCGGCCGUGGCGGCGCGCGCUCGCGGCCGCUGCGACCGCUGCAGCCGCCACCCGCUGCAGCGCAGCUCCACGCUGCGGGCUGACAGCAGAGACGCUGGCGGUGAGACUACGACACUAAUACUAACAGAGUCCCUCACGCGGGCGCUGAACGUGAACGAGGCGGCGGCCGUGGCGGCGCGCGCUCGCGGCCGCUGCGACCGCUGCAGCCGCCACCCGCUGCAGCGCAGCUCCACGCUGCGGGCUGACAGCAGAGACGCUGGCGGUGAGACUACGACACUAAUACUAACAGAGUCCCUCACGCGGGCGCUGAACGUGAACGAGGCGGCGGCCGUGGCGGCGCGCGCUCGCGGCCGCUGCGACCGCUGCAGCCGCCACCCGCUGCAGCGCAGCUCCACGCUGCGGGCUGACAGCAGAGACGCUGGCGGUGAGACUACGACACUAAUACUAACAGAGUCCCUCACGCGGGCGCUGAACGUGAACGAGGCGGCGGCCGUGGCGGCGCGCGCUCGCGGCCGCUGCGACCGCUGCAGCCGCCACCCGCUGCAGCGCAGCUCCACGCUGCGGGCUGACAGCAGAGACGCUGGCGGUGAGACUACGACACUAAUACUAACAGAGUCCCUCACGCGGGCGCUGAACGUGAACGAGGCGGCGGCCGUGGCGGCGCGCGCUCGCGGCCGCUGCGACCGCUGCAGCCGCCACCCGCUGCAGCGCAGCUCCACGCUGCGGGCUGACAGCAGAGACGCUGGCGGUGAGACUACGACACUAAUACUAAAAGAGUCCCUCACGCGGGCGCUGAACGUGAACGAGGCGGCGGCCGUGGCGGCGCGCGCUCGCGGCCGCUGCGACCGCUGCAGCCGCCACCCGCUGCAGCGCAGCUCCACGCUGCGGGCUGACAGCAGAGACGCUGGCGAACCACCAUCACCCCCGCGGUCCCCAGGCCAACUGGACUCCCGGCUGAACGACUCAAUGUCCAUGCUGGAUACCAUCUCGUCGCUAGAGAAGGAAGCCUCGUUCGACAUGCUCAGCGACCUUGAACCCCAAGAGCCUAACGCCGAAGACGCUCUAGGUGAGUCCACUCUUCAAACCAGCCGGCUGGACUCCCAGCUGGACGACUCAAGUGUCCAUGCUGGACACCAUCUCGUCGCUAGAGAAGGAAGCCUCGUUCGACAUGCUCAGCGACCUUGA